AUGGAGAAUAUCGACCAAGAAUUCAACAAUUACUGGGAACCCAACUCUUUCCUCCAAAACGAAGAUUUCGAAUACGACAGCUGGCCUUUGGAGGAAGCGAUUUCUGGGUCGUAUGAUUCGAGUUCGCCGGACGGAGCGGCUUCUUCGCCGGCUUCUAAGAAUAUUGUCUCGGAGAGAAACAGAAGACAGAAACUUAACCAGAGACUCUUUGCUCUUCGAUCAGUUGUUCCCAAUAUCACCAAGAUGGAUAAAGCAUCAAUAAUUAAAGAUGCUAUUAGUUACAUACAAGGGUUACAAUAUGAAGAGGGGAAGCUUGAAGCUGAGAUCAGAGAACUUGAAUCUAUACCUAAGACUAAGAGUAGUCUGAGUUUCGGUAAAGACUUUGAUCGUGAUUUACUGGUUCCUGUUACAUCCAAGAAGAUGAAGCAGCUUGAUUCUGGUUCGCCCGGUUCUCUCAUCGAAGUUCUCGAAUUGAAGGUUACAUUCAUGGGAGAGAGGACAAUGGUGGUGAGUGUAACAUGUAACAAGAGGACAGACACAAUGGUGAAACUGUGUGAAGUCUUUGAGUCAUUGAAUCUCAAAAUCCUCACUUCCAAUCUCACCUCUUUCUCUGGCAUGAUCUUCCACACUGUCUUUAUUGAGGCGGAUGAAGAAGAACAAGAGGUGUUGAGGGUAAAAAUAGAAACAGGAAUAGGAGCUUAUAAUGAAACUCAAAGCCCCACUUUGAGCAUCGACUCUCUUUACUGA